AUGCAUGAUUCUUAUUGUCUGCUGCAGAGAAGUACAAAGGCCGAGAGCAGACCAAAGGCUUCAUCCCGUAACACCUUUAACACCUCUCCGAGGCCGCGGCGCCGCGCCGGGCCGACGCGCACACCGAGGCCCGUCUGCAGCGGCGGGGAGAGGGGAGAGGGGAGAGGAGCAGCCCCGGGGACACAGACAUCGCGCUGCUGCAGCAUCUUCAGCGGCCCUGCAGCCUGCAGAGGGGGGGGACACUCCAUCCGAAGAACAGCCGAGAACAAGCAGCAACAAAGAGGAUUUAAAGUUUUUACUUCUGCCAACAGCCUGAUGUUAGCGGAGGGCAGACAGACGCCGGUGGCGGGAACCACCAUCGUGCACGCUCCGGAGCCGUGCACGCGCAGCGCCGUGCUCGAGCGGCGGCACCGGACCGCCUUCACGCGCGAGCAGCUGACCCGGCUCGAGCAGGAGUACGGCAAGGAGAGCUACGUGUCGCGGCCCCGGCGCUGCGAGCUGGCCACCGCGCUCAACCUACCGGAGACAACCAUCAAGGUGUGGUUUCAGAACAGAAGGAUGAAGGAUAAACGUCAGAGACACUCCCUGCCGUGGCCCCACCCCCUCGUCGACCCCCUGGGGGCACUCCUGAUGAGCCGUUCCUCACCUUCCUCCGCCCUCCAGUACCCCUUCCUCCCACCCCACCUCCCCCAUCUCCCCCUCCACCAUCACUACCCGCUGGCUCUCUCCUCACCUGUGUCCUCAGCUCACGGUCGCUACAGCGCCCCCAUGAGGACCCUGGAUGCACUGCGCCUCUCUCAGUACCACCACAGAGCAGGGGGGCUGGCUCCCCCCCCUGCAGCCCCCUACCCCUCCAGCAGCCUCGUGCACCACCCUCCUUCAUGCCCCUGCCCGCUCUGCCUGCACUGGGGAUCAGAUCAGCUGCUCAAAGCCAGAGAGGGGGUGCUGGGACUGACCCAAGACCUCAGCCCUAAGACCAGAACCCAGCCUGCCGGUCUGGAGCGGAGGGAGGAGGUGGCGUAA